ACUAAUUGAUCGAGUUCCUAUAUAACGUUUUCUUAAGCCACAAUCUUGUUUUAUUUAAUUAUGUUCUAUAUUUAUUAUGGCCCAUCACUGUAAUUUAAUUCAAACCCCAUUAUUCACUAAAAUAAAUCCCACCUAAUUAUAAUUACUAAAAUUUGUAUCAUAUUUUCCUAGGACUAUUUUUGUUGAAUAGGUAAAUUAUAUCUUAAUACAUGAUAUUAAAAUAAAUAAAUCUCCCCAUCCCCAUUCGAAAAGAAAUGAUAUAAAAAUUCGAGGUGAAACAAAAAACACAAGAAUGGUAUUGGUAAUAAUAAUGUCUUGUUAUGCGCGCAUGCAAUGCACAUAUCCUUAAUUUAUUUCCCGCCAUUUGCAUCUAAUUCCACUCAAAUGAAACCAACCAAUUCUCUCUCUCUCUCUCUCGCUCUCUCUCUCUCUCUCGCUUUAUUUCCUUCUUUUCCCCAAAUGAAACCCAAUCCAUGAAUUGAUCUCUCAGAAGCUCCUCUAAUGGAACCAGCAGCCCGGCCCCGCAGCAGAAUCGCCAAAACAUUUUCAAGAGUCAUCAGCCUCAAAUCCGGCUCAAGACACCGCUCCAACCCAGGAUUCUGCCUCUUGAUCCCUCAAGACAAGCUCCGAUGCUGCGAGUCGCAUCAAUUCGAGGCCGAGGAUGCCGACGAAGCCAAGGAGGACUGCAGGAACCGCGCCGCCAUGGAAGCCUUCGUCGCCAAGCUCUUCGCCACCAUCUCCACCGCUAAGGCCGCCUACGCCGAGCUCCAAAUGGCCCAGUUCCCCUACAACGGCGACGCCAUCCAGUGCGCCGAUCAAUCCGUCGUCGACCAGCUCAAGGCGCUCUCCGAGCUCAAAUACGCUUACUUGAAGAAACAGAUCGAUUCGUCGCCGCCGCACGUCACGCUCAUGCUGGCGGAGAUCCAGGAGCAGCAGUCGCUCAUGAAGACCUACGAGAUCACCAUGAAGAAAAUGCGGGCCGAGAUCGACGCCAAGGAGGCCCGAAUCGCCUCGCUGCAGCAGCAGCUGCGAGAAUCCGUCGACAGCAACAAGUCGCUCGAGAAGAAGAUGAAUGCCAGCGGAUCUUUCUCGAUUCUCGACGGCGUUAGAUUCUCCGACGUCAGCCCCAAAGACUUCAUACUGGUUUUGCACUACUCGUUGAGAUCGGUUCGCGCCUUCGUCAAGCUCCUGAUUCGGGAGAUGGAGUCUGCGAAUUGGGAUAUCGACGCCGCCGCGAACGCGAUCCACCACGACGUCGUUUUCGGGAAGAGGGACCAUAAAGCCUUCGCGUUCGAAUCGUUUGUUUGCAGAGAGAUUCUCUCCGGUUUCAACGAUCCCGCCUUCGCCGUCCAAGGCGGCGAUCAGUCCGCUCCCGGGGAGACACGUCAGCGCCGCGCCUUCUUCUUCGAUCAAUUUAGGGUUUUGCGGUCGGCGAGUGCGAUCCAUUUCGUGAAACAGAGCCCUAAUUCGUUGUUCGGGAAAUUCCUGAAAUCCAAGUACCUUCAAUUGGUGCACCCGAAGAUGGAGUUCUCGUUCUCCGGCAAUCUGAACCAGAGAAAAAUGGUGAAUUCCGGCGAGUUCCCGGAAACGGAAUUCUUCAAGGCGUUUGCUGAGAUGGGGAGGAGGGUUUGGCUGCUGCAUAGCUUGUCGUUCUCGUUUGACCGCGAGGUCAGCGCGUUUCAGGUGAAUCGCAAUUCCAAGUUUUCCGAAGUGUACAUGGAGAGCGUGACGGAUGAGGUUUUCGCCGCCGCGGACGGCGCGGUCAGGGUGGCUUUCACGGUGGUUCCUGGCUUCAAGGUCGGGCAGACGGUGGUGCAGAGCCAGGUGUAUCUGUUCCCGCCGGCAAAAAGUUAGUUUCGGGCACGCGCCGCCGUGAAGGGAUAGUGGGGUCUCAAAAUCUUGAAAUUGGAUCCUCUCUGCACCAUUCGGAUUUUGUCUUUUCAGGAUAACGACGUGACAGUAAAUGGUUUUAGGAGGAUCCCUUUUCAAGAACCAAAUAAAGGGGCGGAGCGGCCCAGUUGCGGCGGCGCGUGGGAGUAGAGAGACAGCAUUAAAGCGAGGGCCCGCAGAUGGAGUGGCUCUUGGAGCGUAGCAAAUGGCGGGAAGGGGGGCGGUGGAGACGGUGGGGGCGGCGGGAGGCUAGCUUCGGUUUUGGUGCACAAAAAGUAGAGAAUAGGGGCCCUCCGGUUCGGCCGGAUGAUUAUAUUUUGGUAGUGCUCACCGGUUUUUCAUUAUUGUUUUUGUUCUUUUAUCAUGUAAAAUCAAAGGAAAAGACAGAUCACAGGUGUAUGGAAUAAUUAAUCUGUUGUAUAUAACUAUUCAAACUAUAGACAGUUUACAUAAUUAGAUAGAACAUCAUUAUGGAGUAUUUCUCAA